AUGUCCGCCCGCGCCCUUCUCACCAGCACCGCCGGCCGGGCUUUGCGUCCCGCCGCUAUCACCGCUCCCGCCCGACGAACCCUGAGCCAAACGCGGUUCUUCGGCCUCAAGGAAUCCUCACCUCAGGACCAGGACGCGGAGGAUGUCGAGUUCCACAAGCAGGACUCGCUCGCGAAGCAGAAGAAGGGCCAGGGCCACUGGAAGCCCGAGCUGGCGUCGGUCAGCGAGGAGAGCGUCAAGGCGGACCGGCUGGGCGGCCCGCAGGACUCGAGCGCCGAGGCCAUGCGGCGGCUGCAGGAGCAGACCAAGGGGCGCGCCGAGGAGACGAGCAAGAACCGGACCAGCAUGGGGGACGGUUUGUGA